GGUCUCUACCAGGACACAAAAGUACCCAUAGACUUCAACUCCACAAUUACUCUCAUGGGAACAGAGAUUCCAGCAUCUGACCUUCCCCACAUUGGCCUAGAAUUCUACCUGACUGAUGACUCCAGCAGUCUCACUCCGAGUGACAUCAAUGAAGGAGCAGAAAUCAAACUGAGUGGAUCAUCUGAUGUUAUGAUUGACCAGGAGUCCUACGAGAGACUAAAAGGGUCACUAGAGAAUAUGGGGGAGUAUACAGUCAUUGGGAACACCGAGAUUGAGAUAGCAUCCGAUUGGUGCAGUCAUGAUCCCUUGUUUGUCUGCAUGAAGUAUGUUAUACGUGAUGACUUUCAUGUAGACUUUAGGGAGGGGGAUGAGACCAAUGAUUUUGACUGCAUUAAUGUAACAGCACUGGUUCUUUGUACUGAUGCCACACGUGAUCUUUCACCCAUUAAGUUUAACUUCUGGGACACUGAUAUUGAAAUGGACUCGGGGCACAGAUUUGAGUUAUUGGUAGAUGUAGACCUGAGGGGCAAUGUGACUACUGAACCUCUGUGGUUUGAGUCCAAAAUAUACCUGUCAGUGGAUCGGGUAUUGGAUGCAAUGGAUACCCAGAUACCAUAUGUGGGAUUUAAAUAUGGCUUGGCAAAGGAUGAGAUGCAACGUCCCCUUGUGCAGGGGAAACACACGUUUAACAUGGGGAGUGUACCUCUAGUGAUUCCCAGUGGGGUGGAAGAGAAAUAUUGUGGACACACAUACCUUAUUGUGCAAGUGGAUACAGAUGUUGAUGACCCUAUUGCUGAGAGAUAUGAAAACAACAAUGAGAAGUCCACAGCUAUCAACUUAUAUUGUCCCCGAGACAAUUUUGUCAUGUCAGACAUUGACAUUGAGGUUGAGAAACCUCUAUGGCCUGGCUCCCCAGCUGAUAUAAACUUGGAUGUUACCAUAAGGAAUGUGGGAGAAGAUCUACCAUUGGCAACCAGAUAUCUCCCUCAUUAUGUGCUUAAAGUGUAUGCUUCUGAUGGGCUGAGUUAUAUGGACUCUAAUAAAGUUAAUGUUACCCCAAUUCAGGGAUGGACAUACCCAGAGAAACUUUACUAUUCUGCUAUGCCUACUGGAGAUGUGCAUAUUUUGAAAGAUUUAAAGGGUCAAUUGAACUUUGCGGAUAUUGAUGUGAGUGUCUGUGAGUCUAUGGCAUUUAUAUUGGUGUGUGUAGAGAAACCAGGUGAUCCCACAACAGAAACCAUUCUGCACAAUAACUGUAAAGCUGUCAAGAUAGAGGAUGAUGAUAAAAAUUGUGAAGCCAGAGAUGGUCAGAGGGACAUAGAACUGAUUGACUUUAGGCUCCCUUCAGCUGUCUCUCCUUUGGACACAAUUGACAUUUCCCUGGUGAUUAGCAUGGAUGUCCAGCCCAAUGCUAGGCCUAUAGUGCAAGGAGACUUCAUCUCAGCUAUAUUCUUAUCUCUAGAUGAGGAGUUGAAUGUAACACAGGAUUAUAAAUGGAUCCAGUUAGCAAAUAAUGCAUCUGCACAGCGUGGUGAGAGGAAGUUUGCUGACAUAAGCCAGAAUGAAGUAACGCUAACUGAGCUUGGAUUUGCAACCCUGUGUGGAGAUGUGUUCGUAUUCUUCCUCUUAGAUAGUGAACAAGACAUUGAAGAAUACAAGGAGAAUAAUAACUAUGCUAUGCGAAGUCUUGCUAUACUAUGUGAGAAUGAUCAACUUUCACUGUCCAAUGUAAAAAUGUCUACUGAGUUUGAUCAGGUUUUUACUGGCCAUCCGACUCCAUAUGAACUCCAGGUAGACGUGAUGUGUACACAGGCAUAUUGCAACUAUGUAAGAUCCACAGAGAAUGUGAAAUUCCUUAUCGGGACAUUGUUUGAUGAAAGUGAUGUAGCUCCUCUACCCUUGUUUGAUGUGGAUGAGUUAAAUAUAGGUGUAAUUGGAAGUAAUGUUAGGAGUGUAGAACCCAGCUUGGGUGCAGAAUUUCAUGGUCACAGAGCAAUACAGAGGUACUCCAUCAAAGGUGAGAUUGAGCUGCCAGCUGAUAGAUGUAGAGAGGAUGGGACAGCCACCCUGAACAUUCUUGUUGAUUUUGGCUCCUCGCUGUCAGAUGAGAGUGACAUUGUACAGAUGAACAACUACAGAGAUAUCAUCAUUAAAUGUGGACCUGUUAAAGCUAUGAGAGAUCUAGUGGCCCACCCUGUAAAAGUCCUAGGUGGUGAAACACUCCAUUCUGGUCGCCCUGUAUACUUUAGUCUUCCUAUUGAACUGAGGGGCACACCUCUAAACCCAAUGAAUGCUGCUCCUAAUGCAACCAGGUUUCAGUUUAGUUUCUAUUUGUCAGAGGAUGACAAAUUAUCAGUUGAUGACUUGAAGAUGAUGUAUAAACCUUCAACCAGUAUAAGCAGAAUGAUGGGUCUAGGCCUCCAACAAGGUCUCACAACUCUUAAGGAAACAUUCUAUGGUAUUAGACUCCCAAAUGAUCAGUGUGGUAAACAGUUCUUCAU